AUGAGCCUCGCUUGGAGCGCUGGCCGUGCCUGGAGUCGGCAAUGCCUCUCACAAGCGCUCACACCGAGGAUAUACGCAAACCUGCGUCGAUACGCCACGAAACCUACGCCCGCUGAACUCGAAGCCCGAAUCGCCGCCAUCCCCAUCGAGCGAUACCGUAAUUUCUGCAUCGUGGCGCAUAUUGACCAUGGGAAGAGUACGCUGAGCGAUCGGUUGUUGGAGUACACUGGUACGAUAUCUGCUAGCGAUGCGAAUAAGCAGAUUCUGGACAAGCUUGAUGUAGAGCGGGAGCGAGGUAUUACCGUCAAGGCGCAGACGUGUACUAUGAUCCACAAGCACAAUGGGCAAGAUUAUCUGCUUCAUCUUGUUGAUACGCCUGGGCACGUGGACUUUAGAGCUGAAGUUACAAGAUCGUAUGCUAGUUGCGGUGGAGCGUUGCUUCUCGUUGAUGCAUCGCAGGGUAUUCAGGCACAGACUGUGUCAAACUUCCAUCUUGCGUUUGCGCAGGAUUUGGCGCUUGUUCCGGUGGUGAACAAGAUCGACAUGCCAGCUGCAGAUGUACCGCGAGUACUACAACAAAUGAAGGAUAGUUUUGAGCUCGACCCCAAAGACGCUAUUAUGCUCAGCGCCAAAACGGGGAAGGGUGUGCCGGAUGUUUUGCCCGCUGUUAUAGAGAGGAUUCCUCAUCCUGUCGGCGACGAGAAGAAGCCGCUGAAGAUGAUGUUGGUGGAUUCAUGGUACGAUAACUUCCGCGGUGUAGUGCUGCUGGUGAGGCUCUUCGAUGGUACGAUCAAAGCGGGUGAUAACGUUGUUUCUUUGGGGACGGGGAUGAAGUACACUGUUGGACAGGUUGGCAUUCAGUAUCCGCAUGCUAUUCCCCAAGCGACUCUCAGCGCCGGACAAGUUGGCUACGUGUACUUCAACCCAGGUAUGAAGAAGAUCCAAGACGCUAAGCUAGGCGAUACAUUCACCUUCGUCGGGUCCGAGGAAAAAGUCGAGCCGUACCCUGGUUUCGAGGAGCCCAAGCCCAUGGUCUUCGUCGCAGCGUUCCCCACGGACCAAAGUGACUACAGUCGUUUGGCUGAUAGUAUCGGGCAGCUCGUACUUAAUGACAGGAGUGUUACGCUGCAGAAGGAUCACUCUGAAGCCCUCGGUGCAGGCUGGCGAUUAGGCUUCUUGGGCAGUUUGCACUGCUCUGUGUUCCAGGAUCGGCUGAGGCAGGAACAUGGGAAGAGUGUUAUUUUGACGGAGCCGACUGUGCCAUCGAAGAUUAUAUGGCCUGACGGAUCGGAGGAGAUAGUGUCGAAUCCGGCGCUGUUUCCGGAGACGAGUAAUCCGAAAGUGAAGCAGUCACAGCUGUUCGAGCCAUAUGUCACUGCUACAAUCACCAUGCCAGAGGAAUAUCUCGGACGCGUGAUUGAGCUCUGCGAAGCGAAUCGUGGAGAACAGAAGAGUUUAGAGUUCUUCCAUACCACGCAGGUUAUUCUACAGUACGAGAUUCCAACGGCUCAAUUAGUCGAUGAUCUGUUUGGAAAGCUCAAGAGCGUAACCAAGGGAUACGCGACGCUGGAUUAUGAAGAUGCAGGUUGGCGGGAGAGUAACCUUGUCAAGUUGCAGCUGUUGGUGAACAGACAGCCUGUCGAUGCGAUUUGUAAGGUCGUUCAUUCAUCGCAGGUUGAUAGGCUUGGGAGACAGUGGGUUACCAAGUUCAAGGAGCAUGUUGAUCGUCAACAUUUCGAGGUCGUUAUCCAAGCUACAGCAGGUAAUCGCAUCGUAGCGCGAGAAACCAUCAAGCCCUUCCGUAAGGAUGUUCUUGCAAAGUUACAUGCUGCUGAUGUAUCGAGAAGAAGAAAGCUGCUGGAGAAACAAAAGGAGGGUAGGAAGAGGUUACGCGCUGUGGGUAAUGUCAUUAUCGACCAGUCGGCCUUCCAGAGCUUCAUGUCGAGAUGA